UUUAAUGUGAACCGGGAGGGAAGCAUUGUUUUUAUUUUUCUUGCAAAGAAAAUUUUUGUGAAAAUCCGCGUGGAAAAGAAUCGGGAGAUUCAUAAAUUCUCAUUCACGCGAAAGGGAGAAGAAAAACGUUCAAAAUUGAGCAGAAUACGCCAACGAAGAUGAAGCUGGUGGACCAGACGGUGCGGACAUUCCGAGUCGCAAAGGUUUUCCGGGAGAAUACGGAUAAAAUCAAUGCAAUUGACUUCUCCCCCAAUGGGGAGCAUCUCAUAUCCUGCGGGGAGGACGAUCAGAUUGUCAUUUAUGACUGCGAGAAGGGCCAGCAGACGCGCACGGUGAAUUCCAAGAAGUACGGCGUGGAUCUCAUUCACUUCACGCACGGGAACAACACGGCAAUUCACAGUUCAACAAAGGUUGAUGACACCAUCCGGUACCUGAGCUUGCACGACAACAAGUACUUGAGGUACUUUCCGGGGCACACGAAGAAGGUUAUUUCGCUGUGCAUCUCACCAGUGGAGGAUACCUUCCUGUCGGGAGCGCUGGAUAAGACGCUUCGGCUGUGGGAUUUGCGCUCACCCAACUGCCAGGGUGUUAUGCACCUGUCGGGACGUCCUGUGGCUGCAUAUGAUCCCGAGGGACUCAUCUUUGCCGCUGGAGUUAAUUCUGAGAGCAUUAAAUUGUAUGAUUUGCGCUUCUUCGACAGAGGCCCCUUCAUAACAUUUAAGCUGAAUCAGGAAAAAGAAUGCGAUUGGACGGGAUUGAAAUUCAGCCGAGACGGCAAAACAAUUCUUAUCAGCACAAAUGGCUCCACCAUUAGGCUAAUUGAUAGCUUCCACGGGACGCCGCUGCAGACAUUCACGGGAUAUCUCAACAACAAAGGCAUCCCCAUUGAGGCAUCCUUCAGCCCCGACUCCCAAUUCAUCUUCAGCGGCAGCACCGAUGGGCGUGUGCACGUGUGGAAUUCAGACAGUGGCCACAAGGUGUGUGUACUCAAUGGGGACCAUCCGGGGCCCGUUCAGUGUGUCCAAUUCAAUCCCAAAUUCAUGAUGAUGGCAUCCGCGUGCACCAAUAUGGCUUUCUGGAUCCCAGAGGAGCCACAACAACCCUAGAGAAAGCCCCUCUUCCGCUAUGCGGUGGAGAUUUAUAUACAAUUUGUAACGUUUAAAAUUUUUCAGACUCAUCGCGAUGCGUCUCAUUUGAUUUUUUUUCUGUCUCUAAUUCAGCCCAUCUAAUUAUAUUUUAUUUUAUUUCUUUUCACAAUAAAAUAGUAUAUAACGAGA